AUGUCAUCACCUUCUCUCAUACCACAACCCCCUUCAAUCUACGAUGAUUCUUCGCACAGAAUGAUUGAGGAACGUCAUGAUAAAAGUCUAGAUGGCGGACGCCGCACCGGACACAUCAUUUCAUUUUCCAAUGUCGAACUGUCGAUGUCAUCCACGAUCCAAUACACUGAACAUGUACUACAUGGCGCUGAGACUCCGGAGCGGUUCGGCGGCGCAAGCCGCCUUCAUUCGUCUUCGAGACAUCAAGCUGCCAAUCCUCCGAGAUCCGACGAGUCUAUCUCUGACACUGGACACGUCGCGCCAAAACCUGAUGGCACAAGAAUUUGCCUCACAUCGCAUACGGCUCCGAACUCUGGAAUUCCGGGUCAACCCUCGCUCGAGGCGGGUGGAGCGAAGGAGGCGAAGUGUUUCUGCGAGAACCUGGAGCUCGGCAUUAUGCCGCCUGCUCAACUAAUUCACAACGGUAAUCUUUACAGAGUAAAGCAAGACCCAGUUGAGUUUCUAUCAACUUUGAAGAAGCCAUUCACGGCUCCAUUUGGAUAUGUCAUCUUGCAUGGUGCCAAAGACUGGGUCACGGAGGGAACCUUGGUCGUAGGCUGUGAUCGAUCGGUCCUUGCCUGUUUCCAAUACCUGCUGUCAUCCUCGUAG